GUGGCCAUGGUUCUGAUUCUUCUGGUCGCCAUCCCUUUACUGGUUCACAGCACUAAAGGAGGAGCUGGCAAUGCAGGAAGCCAUUAUGAAAUGUUAGGAAGUUGUCGGAUGGUUUGUGACCCCUACACCACGUCUCAUGGCCAGGAGCUAACGGCAGUUUCACCACAACCUCCUGAUUUCCCAAACCGGAGGGGGAAAUCUGGUUAUCGGGGACCUCCAGGGAUCCCAGGACCACCUGGUCCACGAGGACCACCAGGAGAGCCUGGAAAGCCAGGUCCACAAGGGCCCACAGGUCCUGGCCCUGGUGGUUACGGGCCAUCAUUCUACAGCCCUAAGAUUGCCUUUUAUGCUGGCCUGCGCAAGCAACAUGAAGGCACUGAUGUGCUCAAAUUUGAUGAUGUGGUGACCAAUGUUGGCAACUACUAUGAGCCCAGCACUGGAAAGUUCACAUGCCCUCUACCUGGCAUCUACUUCUUCACAUACCAUGUCCUAAUGAGAGGAGGAGAUGGGACAAGCAUGUGGGCAGACCUUAAGAAGAAUGGACAGGUGAGGGCCAGUGCUAUCGCCCAAGAUGCCGAUCAGAAUUAUGACUAUGCGUCCAACAGUGUGAUCCUGCAUUUAGACGUAGGAGACGAGGUGUGUGUGCAACUGGAUGGAGGGAAAGUCCAUGGAGGAAACACCAACAAAUACAGCACAUUCUCUGGCUUCCUCAUCUACGCUGACUGACCUGCCCAGUUUCUCCAUAAUGCAGCUCUAUGCACGCACACUGAGAUGUACUGUGUAUAAAGACACACACAUACAA